GCAGCAUGUUCCUGUAGAUAACCGAUGUCCGUCUGACAGUUGGUCUAGUCUCUCGUCGUUACCGGCCAGAUCAUCAUGUCUUCAGAUCCGUGCUCCUUCUCCUCCUUCACCAGGUGCGUCACCAAACACCUGAACCUUUCCCUCCACGUGGACUUCGACAGACACGUCAUCAGGGGAAAGGUGGAGCUCACGGUGGAGGCUCUGGAGGACCGCUUCUCUGUUCUGACCUUGGACACCAGAGACCUGAAGAUCGUAUCAGUGUCGGCCAAUGGACAGGCGGCGCACUUCGGUCUGGGCCCCAAACACAGCUUCAAGGGGACACAACUGGACAUCACGCUGCCCUUUGACCUCUCCAGAGGGCAGCAUGUGAUUGUGGAGGUGACCUAUGAGACGUCUCCAUCUGCGUCGGCCCUGCAGUGGCUCACACCUCAACAGACCGCCGGGAAGAAGCAGCCUUAUCUGUUCAGCCAGUGUCAGGCUCAUCACUGCAGGAGUAUGGUCCCCUGUCAGGACAGUCCGUCUGUCAAACACACCUACUACGCUCAGGUGUCUGUACCUAAGGAUCUGGUGGCUGUAAUGAGUGCAGUGAGAGACGGACAGGAAGUCGAUCCUCAGGACAACAACUGCAUCAUCUACAGAUUCAGACAGCCGGUGCCCAUGCCUUCCUACCUGAUAGCCAUCGUGGUCGGAGCUCUGGAGAGCAGGGAGAUCGGUCCAAGGUCCAGAGUCUGGUCUGAGAAAGAGUUUGUGGAUAAAGCAGCGUUUGAGUUCUCUGAGACGGAGACCAUGUUGAAGAGCGCUGAGGAUCUGGCUGGACCGUACGUCUGGGGACAGUAUGACAUCCUGGUUCUUCCUCCAUCUUUCCCCUAUGGAGGCAUGGAGAACCCCUGUCUGACCUUCGCCACGCCGACACUGCUGGCAGGAGAUAAAUCUCUGUCUAAUGUGAUCGCCCAUGAGAUCUCCCACAGCUGGACUGGUAAUCUGGUGACCAACAAGACCUGGGAACACUUCUGGUUGAACGAGGGUCACACCGUCUACCUGGAGAGGAUGAUUGGGAGGAGUAUGGAGAGUGAACAGUUCAGACAGUUUAAAGCCAUGGGGGGCUGGAAGGACCUACAGGACUCGGUGAACACCUUCGGGGCCAACAACCCUUUGACGAACCUUAUCCCCAGUCUGCAGGACGUCGACCCCGACGACGCCUUCUCCUCUGUCCCCUAUGAGAAAGGCUUUGCUCUGUUGUAUCACCUGGAGGAGCUGAUGGGAGGCCCAGAGGUGUUCAUGGGGUUUGUCAAGUCCUACAUCCAGAUGUUCGCCUACAGCAGUGUCACUUCAGAGGAGUGGAAGAACUACCUGUUCACCUACUUCAAAGACAAGGUGGAUGUCCUGAACAAGGUGGACUGGAACGCCUGGAUGUUCACUCCAGGGAUGCCUCCUGUCAAACCUCAGUAUGACACCACGCUGGCAGACGCCUGCAUCGCUCUGAGCCAGAGAUGGAUCAAGGCCAAAGACCAGGAUCUGAGCAGCUUUAAAGAGUGUGACGUGAAGGCUCUGUCAUCCCACCAGCUAAUCGAGUUCCUGUCCCUCCUGCUUCAGGAGGAUCCUCUUCCUCUGACUCAUGUGAAGAAGAUGCAGGAUGUUUAUGGUUUCAACACCUGUAUGAACUCAGAGAUCCACUUCAGGUGGCUGAGGUUGUGUGUUCGGUCCAAGUGGGAAGAAGCUGUUCCCAUGGCACUGAAGAUGGCGACUGAACAGGGACGGAUGAAGUUCACAAGACCACUGUUCAGAGAGGUCUUUAACUUUGAAAAGUACCGUGAGGAAGCGGUGCGAGUGUUCCUGGCUCACCGGGCAGCAAUGCACCCGGUCACCUCCGGACUGGUCGCCAAAGACCUGAAAGUGGACGCCAGCCAAACCACCAGUCUGUAAAACUAGUCAGAAACCAGUAUUAAUACACCAGACUAUAGUAUCAGCAGCCAAUCAAAGCUCUUCAUUCUUCACGCUCACCUGUCAGCUGUUUCCUCUCAGACUGUUUGUGAUGAUUUUUAGUUUCUCUGGAUGAACAUGUUUCAUGUCAGAAGAAAUUAUUUUAUAAAGAAAUAAAAAUCUGCCUGAAGUGA